CUCUUUAUACUUGCCACCACGAUCCUCGCCCUCACCGACAUCCAUAACUCAUUCGACGACGACCAUCAUCGAAUCCCUCUAGCUUGCCCCCAGCUCAGACGAGUCCCGCACCAUCUCUACGUCGCAGCAUCAGCUCGAGCUGCACGCACCCACGCACGCCCUUUACGGAAAGAGGCACAUCAGCAGGGGCCUCUUCUGAGAUCCGCCAAAUUAGGCCUCCCUGUCUGCCUACCCUUUGCAGUUGCAUCAGCCAUCUCAAUACCUCACCAUACCCAUCUUCGUGAUACCUCGAUCCAACCCCCUCCGUGCACGCUCAGAUCACCCAAUCUUCCUGCUGCUUGCCGGAGAAUCUGGCCAUAGACGAGUGUAGUGUCUCUGCGCCUCCACUCCUCCAUGUCCUUCUCCUCCUUUCAUCCAGUAUUCCUCGACAACCACACACAAAGCUCUGCAUCUACCGCCGACGGUGACGUCCGUUCACCCUCGACGUCUUCGACGUCCUCUGCUUCCUCGCAAUCCUCUCCGUUCGGAGGAGGAUUCUCUUACACCCGUAACCAGAGCAGAGGCGCAGCCAACGGAGGCAUGCUGGCUUCAGCUCAGAACUGGGGAGCAGCAUCCGAGUCUCCAGCUUCCGAGGCGUAUCCAUCCACGACGUCUCCCAGUCCGCAUCGCAGCUCGCCUUCCACCUCGCUAGGCAAUACCUACGAAGAGGUCGCCGCCAAGCAAUUUGAAGCAACGGACAUGAGCGGACAAGGGGGAGUCUCGACAAACUCUGCCAGUACCACACAGCCAUUCUCGACGGAAGGCAACUAUGGGUCGCAUCACUUCGGCCAACAAGGGGUCUUUGGAGGCGGAGACAUGGGGGAGACCUGGUAUGAUCCCGAAGGCGCAGAUCGCUAUUCGGCCGCACAAGCAUUCUUGACCGCCAACCCAUCCUAUUCUGGCGGUCCUUCCAUGAUGGCAGCCGCAUCAUAUGCUCCUCCUUCCACUCGCAGCUUCGCCGCGCAAAGCAUCGCCGCGAAUCAGAAUCACCAGGCAAGCGGCAACCCAGCGUCCUCUUACAGUGGACUGCGAGACCCCUUUGCGCCAAACAUCAACAAUGCCCAACCUAGCCCCUUUGCUAGUCCUGCAAUGUCUGCUCACCACCGGACGAGCUCCUUUGGCUCUGACUUUGGCAGCCCACCUCCAAGUCUCUUCACCACUCUCUCUCAGCAGAGCUUUCACGAUGGGCAGCCACAGCAGCAGCAACCAGGUGCAGCGUGGAUGCAGCAGCGGGAGAGCUUGGGAGGUCUGCAAGGCUUGCAGAACAUGAGACUUAGCGAGGGCUCUCCCUUUGUGGGUCAGACAUCAGAUCAGCAGCUCAACGGCAACGUCUAUGGCUACCCCUCCGAGGCAGCAUCAUCCACCUCGUCGCUUCACAGUCAGCUGAGCCAUCACUCUGGAUACCACGAUGCCACUUCUGCUCCAGAAGGAUCCCUUGAGCAGCUCAUUGCUGAACAGCAAUUCGCUCAGCAGCAGUCAGACGGCUUCUCGUCCUUUGCCGUCAACGACCUAUCCAUGGGCGAAGGUACAGCUAUAAAUGACAAGUUCGAUCCCUCGGUCAACAUGCUUACAUUCGAGCAAGUUCUCGAGCAGAUGAGGAGCGGCAACGAUAGCCAGCCCGUUGCUCCCCUCUUGCAACAUCCUAACCGCUCGGUGCCCAACUUCUCGAGUACAUCACCCUGGCCACCUUCUUCAGCUUCGGCAGAAUCCAGUGGGGGCUCAGACUCCUUGCAGCAGGGAUCGGCAGCGGGCUCUUCCUAUCGGAGCCCCGAAGCUCUGCAAGCCCAGCCCAACCCUUCGACAAACAUCCCUCGACCUGAUGCCCCACUUCGGAACCCCACUCGCGAAGACUCCUUUGACAAAUUGAAAAAGUACCUCAAGCUGGAUGUCAACAUGGCUUACGCUGGUCCUAUGAACGACAGUCCCACAACUUCGAUCAUGCGCAAGAGGAGCGCUUCCGAUGCCGGACCCAUGGCCUCGGCAGUGACCGUCAAGGGUCGCGGUAGUGGAGGCAAUGGGACUGGAUUGGAAGGAGAGGACUUUGCUCAACUCGGAGCCAAGCUGGGCCUGGACUUCAAUGGAGUCGACGGCAAAUCCGGAGAGCAAUUGACUGUGGAUGGGUCGACGACGGUGAUGGCUAUGCAGCAUCAGCCAGUGCCUACUUUCGGCCAAAACAUCCAGCAGUGGGCACAUCAGGCCGACGGACACCGGGACCUGCAUCCGAGUGCAGCCAGUGGCGGAGGCUCGAGUAGUAGGAGCAGUAGCGUCAGUUGGGGCGAGACUAUGCCUCUGCAUCGGCAAGGAGAGCUUCCAUCGUUCAACAGGGUAGCGCAACUGGCGGUCCCAGUCGAGGCGCAGCAGGCUGGAGUUUCCCUAAUGGCAAUCAGGGCGCUGCCAGUGGCGGCGCAGUCCCUCAGGACGCUGCUUCUGCCUCGAUGCAGCGCAGCCGUAGCCGCUCCAAUCAGCGCCAAAAUCACCACCAUCGCAUCGUCCAAAGCGAAGACCUGACAGGCGCUGCUCACGCGCGGGAUCCCACCCAAUUCCUGCGCUACAUCACUGCUCCUGAUGGCUCCUUGGCGCCUCCUGGAGCAACGAUGGGCUCUUUGGGCCAGUCGCUACACGCUGCCAGCUCCGGCUUUCACGGAGGUCUUCCAGGUUCACAGCCUCGACAAAUAUACCAGACCAGUCACGAUCGACAUCACUCCUUUGGCUCAAGCGAGGGUGAAAGCGAUUAUGGCUCUUUUGCUUCGUCACUGUCGGACUUGCCUGCAACGGGUCAUGGGGGUUCGAUGCAGCCUCCUCCGCACCCUCGCGCGGGAGGCGCUCAACAGCAGAUUCAGCAAGGCCAGGGCUUUUCCCCUGCCAUGUUCCAAGGACGGAGCUCUAGUGAUAUGCAAGGUCAGCCGUCUGGCCUGCAACCAUCUCCCGGCACUUCUCCUGGCAUCUCUUCGAAC